AUGAAGGGGCCGCAGACUCUCCUGCUCUGGGCCGGCUGGCUGCUGCUGCAGCACGGCUCCGGCCAGCCCUACCUCCGCCUCCGGCCCUCCCCGAGCGAUAACCUGCCCGUCAAGGACAUCCUGGAACACCCGGACCCCGAGUACGACCCCAAGGAGCAGGACCUGGACGAGCGGACGCUGAGAAAGAAGCUGGGCAGCAGCUUCGACCCCGCGUUCAUGUCGGUGGCCGCCCCGGCGCCGGGGAAUCUUUCCAGCCCCGCGCCCCCGCCCAGGCUCAGGGGCUCGGCGCCGCUGCCCGGCGAGCUGAAGAAGCUGGAGCUGGGCGAGAGCCCCUCGGGGCCCCGCAUGAAGCUGGGCAAGAAGGCCCGGAGGAAGUUCCUGCAGUGGCUGUGGGCCUACACCCACUGCCCCGUGCGCUACACCUGGAAGGACCUGGGCGUCCGCUUCUGGCCGCGCUACAUCAAGGAGGGCAGCUGCUUCGCCGAGAAGUCAUGCUCCUUCCCCGAGGGCAUGUACUGCAAGCCGGCCAAGUCGGUGCCCAAGACCUUUCUGCGCUGGUACUGCCAAGGCUGGUCCAGGCAGAAGUACUGCACCUGGAUCCCGGUCCAGUACCCGCUGAUCUCGGAGUGCAAGUGCUCCUGCUAA